UGCUUUGCUUUUAUCUUUAUUGUCAGAGGCUGCAAUGUCCAAGAAGCUCGAAGGAAAAGUAGCCAUAAUCACCGGCGGAGCAAGUGGAAUCGGAGAAGCGACCGCCCGUCAGUUCGCCAUCCAUGGUGCCCGUAUGAUCGUGAUCGCGGACAUCCAAGAUGAACUAGGCCAAAAAGUAGUCGAAUCCAUCGGUUCCCAUAAGUGCACAUACAUGCACUGUGAUGUUACCGACGAAGAUCAAGUGAAGAAUUUAGUCCAGACGACGGUCCAGAACCACGGGCGGCUCGACAUCAUGUUCAGUAACGCCGGGACGUUUAGCAACUCGCCUCAAACCGUCGUCGAACUGGACUUGGCGGCGCUCGAUCGCCUCUUCGCCAUCAACGUGCGCGGCAUGGCCGCCUGCGUGAAACACGCCGCUCGUGCCAUGGUGGAACUGAACAUCAGAGGAAGUAUCGUUUGUACGGCGAGCACCUGCGCCAGAUCCGGUGGCGACAGUCUCACCGAUUACCACAUGUCGAAGCACGCGGUGGUCGGGUUGGUGAGAUCGGCUAGCAAACAGCUCGGAGUGCAUGGGAUUAGAGUAAACAGCGUGUCGCCGGCCGCUGUGGGAACCCCGUUACUCUGUCGUUACCUCGGGAUGGAGGCAGAGGAGGCGGAGCAGGUCUUUGAACCACUCACUAGCUUGAAAGGGGUGGCGCUGAAAGCGAAGCAUAUUGCUGAUGCGGUGGUGUUUCUGGCGUCGCUAGAUUCUGAGUUAAUAACCGGGCAUGACUUGGUGGUGGAUGCUGGUGCUCUUCUCAAGUAGACACUAGAUGUUUGAUUGUCACCUUCAAAUAUUGGUUUGAGAAAAUA